GGCGCCAUGGCCCCCUGGCCUGUGGCCCUGCUGCUGCUCAGCCUGGCGGGGCUGGCGCAUUCGGAGAGUCGUGCGGAGGAGCCAGGGCGGAGCCGGGGGGGGCGGGCGGCCGAGCCCCCCCCCGGGGCCAAGUGCACCUACACGUUCAUCGUGCCGCAGCAGAAGUUCACGGGGGCCGUGUGCUGGAGCAGUGUGCGAGCCGCCCCCGAGCCGCCGGUGCCCAACGGCAGCGAGACGCGGGCGCUGCAGGAGGUGCUGGGCCGGCAGCAGGCCGAGCUGCAGCGGCUGCGGGGGCUGGUGGAGGUGGACGGCGCCCUGGUGAGCGAGGUGAAGGCCCUGCGCAAGGAGAGCCGCGCCAUGAACGCCCGCGUGGGCCAGCUCUACGCCCAGCUGCUGCACGAGAUCCUGCAGCGGCGCCAGCGGCCCGGGCUGCUGGCCCAGCUCGAGGGACACGUGGCCAACGCCUCGGACCAGGCGCUGCGGCUGGCCGCCGGCUACCGCCAGCUGGAGCUGCGCUACCAGGCGCUGGCCGCCCUCGUCAACAACCAGAGCGCCCUCAUCGCGCGGCUGGAGCGGUGGUGCCAGGGGGGUGCCGGGCCACCCCCCCCACAGCCCCCCCUGGUGCCGGUCGUGCCCCCCCGCCUGUCCGGCAUCGCCAACGAGAGCCGGGCGUAUUUCGAUGCCGCCGCCCAGCUGCAGAUGGACCAGAUGGAGCCAGCGCCCCCCACGCUGCCCCCCAGGGCCCCGG